AUGUCGGCAUCACUGAAGUCAAGCUUCUCUUUGCGUGGGUGCUACUGUGUGAGCAUACUCCCCACCUCUAUCGGCGACUUGGCAUCAUUAAAGAAGCUGGACCUUUCAAUUACUCGAAUUGGAAGCCUAACGGAGUCCGUUGGAAAGCUACAGUGUUUGUCAGAUCUCUUCCUACAAUUCUCGGGAAUCGAUGAAAUUCCCGGUGCAAUUGAAGUGUUAGUAAAGCUGCGGCAUCUUCAUCUGGCAAGCGAUGAGAUUAAACAACUUCCAUACUUCAUUGGAGAAUUAAAUUCACCGUGCCCUCGAAUUUGUCAACUAAUGGCUUGCUUAGCUCAAAUUCCGAGUCGGUGGAACUUACCCAAAGCCAUUGGACAGUUGGAGAAACUAGAGGAGCUUUAUCUUGGUCGUCGCAAGGAGUUGGAAGGCGAUAUCCGCGAUGAGACAAACUCCGUUGGGAAGUCAAUGCACUUGCGUGAACUGAAUAUCACGGAUUGUGAGCUCAUUGAGCAUGUGCGUGAUGAAAUUGGAGUGCUAGCGAAGCCUGAGCGCUUCUCUUUGCGUGGGUGCUACGGUGUGAGCAUACUCCCCACCUCUAUCGGCGACUUGGCAUUAUUAAAGAAGCUGGACCUUUCAAUUACUCGAAUUGGAAGCCUACCGGAGUCCGUCGGAAAGCUAUAG